CCUCGCCCCCUCGCUCAUAUAAGCUGCAUUCUUGGGAACUUGUUGCAUUUCGGGUCUACGCAUUAAGAAAAACAAAAUACUCACUCCAGCCAUGACCUGGAUUGGACUUCUUCAGGGAUUUGGGAUUCUUCUGAUAGUCUCCAACGCGAAUGUUGGAGCAGAAUCCACAUCUGUGGACGUGCCUUUCCCGCCGGCCCGGCCCACGGUGUUCAACCAGGGAGCCAUCUGCAGCCAGGGCCACGGUCGCCCCAGGUACCCGGACAGCUUCUUUCCCAGGUCGGGCUUGGGACACUUCAAGCGGCGCGGGAAGGCCAUCAACCGGCUGGAGUUCUGGUACGCGUGGUGCUGCGGUCUGCAGGGAGAGGACAGGGAAGCCGGCAUACUCUGCUGCGCCAGGCAAGCUUGGAAACAGGCCCUGAGUCAGUUCUGCAUCGAGGAGUACGGCACCAUGACGGCGCACUACGAGUGCUGCAGGAAAUACGGGGACCAACGCUGGAGCUGCUUCGACAGCGAGCUGUCAAACCCGGACUAUAUCGCCACACCGGGCUACAUUGCGCCCGCAAUGCCCUACGAGCCCGGCUUCAUCUUUGACCCGCAUGUUUGCUAAAGGUGGUCAGAAGGGGGGAGAAGCGCUUUCAGCCAACAGGAGUGUUCGAUCCUUCCUGCAAUACAGAACUUUCUUGUUCUUCUUGUUUUUUAUAGCCUCCAAAAAUGUAACUCACAAAUUUCUCUACCAGCAUUUUCCUUGGAUUGGUUUUACUCUAACUCAUAUGACACCAAUAAAACUAAAAAAAAAAAAAAAAAAAACUUACUGCAUGUUGUGAUGAAACUCUUAUGAGGAUAAAGUCACAUUUUGAGUAUACGGGGAGGGAAAAUAUAUUUUUAAGAUUGAAGUUGAUUCAAAAAUUCCAUAUUUGAGAUUUUGAGGUAAAAAGGUGCGUAUUUUUAAGGAAAAAAUAUUUUUAGAAGUCUGUCACGAGAAAAAAAAGUUGUCUUUUUAAAUAAAUACAACUUUAAACUAGGUAAUGUAACUUUUAGGGAAAAUUUACGACUAUUCUAGUAUUACUGGUAUACAGCUUCAUAGCUCGAAAAUAUAUAUAUUUUCUUAAAAACAAAAUUAAGCAUUUUUUCUUGAAAAUAUGCAAUUUUCUUUCCAUCAUAUAAUAACUUACAUUUUUAAAUUAUACCUCAUUUAAUCUUGGAAAUAUAAAACAUUUUUCUCGAACAUAUUACCACUCGAUUUUCAUAACAAAGGUAUGACUAAUUUUGAAAAUGUUUGACUUUUCUCUCAUAAGACUUAAUGUAUUUUUUUCUUUUCAGCGUGCCACUUACAGUACUUCCAUCUUAGUAUUGUUUAUUGCAUGAGUAUUUCUAAUAUUUUGGCUUUUUUUUUUAAAUGCAGUAGAAGCUUCAGUAUGUGCCGCUGCAAUCCACACUAUGUACACAAGAGGGCCCUGUUUUCAUGGUUAACGUUGUCAUCUUGACGUGUAUUUUUUUGAAAGUUGUUUACAUUUAUCCCAAAUGGAAAUUUGUACUUGAAAAAAAUAUAAUAAACUAAUAAUUUCCAACUCUGA